AUGCAAACUGGUCAUCUCUCAGGCAUUCCAGAAACUUGGAUGGAUACUAAAUAUAAAGAAGGGAGAGGUUGGGUUAGUCAAGUAGCGCGUGAUAACUAUGAAAAGUUGCUGGAGGUACGUCAAACUCAGUAUACACAAUCUUCUACGACCACCUCCAAUGCGAGUACUGCCACAACUGAGGUGGACGACAUUGCCCUUGUUGAGACAGUCUUUGGACGCCGUCGGGGCCAUCAGACAGGACUUGGUCGUAGGAUUCGCUCGAGCGCGGAACGUGAAGUGACUGACACACUUCAACCACCGUCACCGCCCCCUAUUGCACAAGAGAUGCGGGAUGUGGUCCAACGUCUCCGAAUCGUUGAGGAGUACAUGGCUAGACUUGGUGGAGCCUUAGGUUCUGGAUCUUCUCAGCCAGGUGAUGGUCAGGAUCCGACACCUCCUACUCAAUAGGAUGCUGGAGAACAUUAUUUAUGACUUUAUACUUUAUGUAAUUUGACUUUAGGAAAAUAUUAUAUAUCACAUUCUACUUUAUUUAGACUUACUUUGUUUUAUUGGAACAUUAUAUUUAUAAAAUUUUAUGAUUAUUAAAUUUCAUUAGAUUUAUUUAUGUUUCAAUAAAAAAAAAUCAAAUAAAAUAUAUAAUAAUUAUAAAAAAAAAAGAAAAUUAAAAAAUUUCAUUAGAUUUAUUUAUGUUUCAAUAAAAAAAAUCAAAUAAAAUAUAUAAUAAUUAUAGAAAAAAAGCAAAUU